AUCAUCAAGUUAAUUCACUAACAUUCGGGAACCACCAGUUUUCAUGCUCAAAGGAAAAGUUCGAGAGCAUACUACAUUCCCCUUCGGCUUGUUUAAAUACGCAACAUGUCCAGCCUUAGUAACAUAAGAAAAGACAGAAUUAGAUUCGUGGAAAUAAUCAGCAAUCAAACACUUAAAUUCUCGCUAACGCAGCUUUGUUGACCAUUGUUUCACAGUUUUAGAGAAAUGGCGAUGAUUCCCAGUUUCUUUGGCAAUCGAAGGAGCAGCGUCUUUGAUCCAUUCUCUCUUGAUGUUUGGGAUCCUUUCAAGGACUUCCCUUUCCCGUCUUCACUCACAACGAAUACAUCUGAAACCUCAGCUUUUGCCAAUACCCGAAUCGACUGGAAGGAAACCAGUGACGCUCACGUCUUCAAGGCUGAUCUUCCAGGGCUCAAGAAAGAAGAGGUGAAAGUUGAGAUUGAAGAUGACAUGGUGCUUCAAAUCAGCGGAGAAAGGAAAAUAGAAAAGGAAGACAAGAACGACAACUGGCACCGCGUGGAGCGGAGCAGUGGCAAGUUCUCAAGGAGGUUUAGUUUACCGGAGAAUGUGAAGAUGGAGCAAGUUAAGGCUUCCAUGGAAAAUGGGGUUCUUACUGUUACUGUUCCCAAGGUGAGAGUGAAGAAACCUGAUGUCAAAACCAUUGAGAUUUCUGAUUAAAAACCUGAAGGGCUUAAAGGUUUUGUUGUUAUUACAUACUUUGUCUGUCUGCUUGUAUUUUCAAG